AUGUGCAGAAAAGGAUUGGGCAGAGUCACAGUUGACAGCGAAGAAGUAAAAUUUUAUUUUAGUGUGCAGUGUACCAAGAGCCAAUUUAAUUGCCUAUCUCUGUGGUGUUUAUAUCUUUCAGCUCCCAGUUCAAGAAGAAUUGUGAUCCUUGGUAAGACCGGGGAUGGGAAAAGCAGUGUUGGAAACACUAUUUUUGGGACAGAACAGUUUGACAUCUCUCAUUCUUUCAACUCUGGUGAAAGUCCCUGCCAAGCUAAAACUCAACACCUCAAUGGAAAAGAAAUAACCCUGAUUGAUACGCCUGGCUUCUUUGAUACAAAAAUACCUGAAAAAAAAUUAAAGCCUGAAAUAGUCAGGUGCAUCACAGAGUGCUUACCUGGACCACAUGCUUUCCUCAUUGUGAUUAAAUAUGGAAGAUUUUCGAAGCAGGAGAAUGAAAUCUUCAACCAAAUAACUGAAUACUUCUCUGAAGAAGUGUUCAAGUUUGCAACAAUUGUCUUCACCCAUGGUGAUAAUCUCCCUGAAGGGAAGAAAAUCAAAGAUUACAUUAGCCACAAUGCUAAUCUGAGUGAAUUAGUGAAAAAAUGUGGUGGUCGUUGCCAUGUCAUAGACAACAAAUACUGGAACAAAGAUUCAGACAACCCGUACAGGACCAACAGCUACCAGGUUAAUAAGAUACUGGAAUCAAUAGAAGAGAUAGUGAAUGCAAACGAUGGAAACUGCUACACCAAUGAGAUGCUCAAAAUAGUGGACAAAAUAAAAAAACAUGAAGAAAAACAAAUUGCAAAUUCUUCUGGAAACAUGUCAGAAGAAGAAACCAGGCAGGAAGCUAAAAACAGAGUUUGGAAGUUUUUAACAAAAGUAGCUGGUAUAUCAACAGGUUUACUGUUAGGGGCGUUUUUUGGUGCGGUGAGAGCUUGUCUAGCUUUUAUUUCAUUAUUUAAAUCAGUCGGUAAUCUAGAUGCAGCAGCAAGCGGAAUUAACGUUGCAGCAGCAGCUCUUACUAACUCAGCUGGAACAGGAACCGGCAUAACAUCUACUACAGUGGCUGGAACUGUGGGAAUCACAGUAGCAGCUGUGUUGGGUGCAGGCAGCAAAGAAGACAUCAGAGGCACUGUGGAGUUCUGA